CAAACGAGACAUUAUCGUACUUGGGCCGCACCAUCUAAUGAGUUAGAUCCGAGGCCGUUGGUCGCCCUUUCAGCAUUAGCAGGAGCUAUCCCUCAUUGGCCAACGGCUGUGCAACGAGGGAGCGCCACGUCAGCAGCUCUGAGCUCACCUUCGUUUCCCUCGUCAUCGUCAUCCUAUUAACCUCCUCCUCUCGCUUCGCCUCUGCUAUCCUCGCUCACACUCUCUCUCUCUAUCUGUUUCUCUCUCUAGACCUCCAUGAAAGUGGGCUUCACCGCGAAGCCGCACUGCCUGACGCUCACCUCCGGAGCUGCGCUUUCUCCAGCCAAGCUCAGGCUGCUGCUGCGGGAGUUCCUCGGGAACUCUCACAAGCUGAGACGUCCCGGCGGGCUCCGCUCCAGGAGGAAAUGCCGGAAGCUGAGCCUGCUUCAGCUCCAGUCUCCUCCUUCCUUACUCGUCCGAUCUUCUUUCGGCCCAAAUUCAGCCCUCGUGGUGGUCGUCGCCGUCGUCACUCUGUCUGCUAUCUCCGUCUACUACUUCAACCGGUACGCCAGAAAGAUGAAGAACGCCAAACAGGUGUCUAGUACUCCAAAUCUUGGACCACCCCAGACGGGCAGGGAUGUCUUGAAAGAUCUCAGUUCAAGUCAAAUUAUAGUUAAUCAAUCUAUUACGAAGAAAAAGUCCGUGAAAACAAAUGAAAGUGAAGAAAGCGACCAGAAUUUGGUGGAGAGAGAACUUCAGCCGGUGCUGCAAUUUGGCGAAUCUGCCUCAGUUGGUGAAGAGACUUAUGCAUCUUCACAAGGCUCCCAUCAGACUUCCAAUGUUGUUACUUCUGUUGUUGAUGACUCCACGAUAGAUGGAAUUAAAGUUUUUCCUUGUCUGACUGUUACGCCCAAGUCAGAUGCAUUAACACAGCAGAUGGCUGCAAAUGAACAAAUGGAAUCCCUGUUGGGAGUAAAAAAAACAGAAGUGGAAAGCGACCAUGAGAUAUUGGGUAAAUCUCAGCAUGCUGCUACUGAUGUGCCCACAUCGGUGGGAAAACAUGAUCAUGUAGAAGCCAGCACAAAAGGUGAAACUACUGGCCACAAUAGCUUUCAUGAAGAGUCUGUUAGGGCUGAGCUUUACACAUUCUAUGAGUCACAGCAGUCAGAAGCAGAACAGACAAAAGCAUCUUCUCCUUCCACUGUGGUGAACGGAAAUGUCAACGGCAAUGGGCUUUCUUCACUGAUGAGGCAUUCUAUGUUCAAGGGAUAUAAGUUGUCAACUGAUGAACACUCCAAUGGCAAUGUGCAGAACAAUGCAGUUGUCUCAUUAAAUAAAAUAGGUUCUUCACGCAAAAGGAAAGGCACUGGAAAAGGCUCAGGAAUUCUAACAGGCAAGGAAAGGAAAUACCUGCCACAGAACAACUUUGAAAAUCCAUCCCAGUUAUAUGAGUCAAAUGGAGCUUUGGAUACUGAACACUGGGCUGCGGAGCAAAUUAGCACUUACAAUCAUUUGCUGAGAAGGGGGAGGGUGCGUGAAUGUGUAAAAUUGCUUGAAGAUAUGGAAGCAGUUGAUCUAUUAGAUAUGAACAAGGUAUAUCAUUCAAGAUUCUAUGGUACGUGCAAAAGUCGUAAAGCUGUUGAAGAAGCAUUCAGCUUCACCAAGUUGAUUAGCAAUCCAACCUUGAGCACAUUUAAUAUGCUGAUGUCUGUAUGUGCAAAUUCCCAGGAUUCAGAAGCUGCUUUCCGAGUUCUUCGGCAUGUCGAAGAGGCUGGACUGAAAGCUGACUGCAAACUUUACACUACUCUUAUUUCUACUUGCGCUAAAUGUGGAAAAGUUGAUAGAAUGUUUGAGGUGUUCCAUGAGAUGGUCAAUGCUGGAGUUGAACCUAAUGUUCAUACAUAUGGGGCACUUAUUGAUGGUUGUGCUAGAGCUGGCCAAGUUGCCAAGGCCUUUGGUGCUUAUGGGAUUAUGAGGUCCAAAAACGUGAAGCCAGAUCGAGUGGUAUUUAAUGCCCUCAUCACUGCUUGUGGUCAAGCUGGAGCAGUGGAUCGUGCUUUUGACGUCUUAGCUGAAAUGAGGGCUGAGAUACAUCCAAUAGACCCUGAUCACAUAACUGUGGGUGCCCUGAUAAAGGCAUGUUCACAUGCUGGUCAGGUUGAUCGGGCAAAAGAAGUGUACAAGAUGAUGGAUGAGUACAACAUUAAGGGUACCCCUGAGGUCUACACUAUAGCUGUUAAUUGCUGCAGCUUGACUGGUGAUUGGGAGUUCGCCAUGACUGUGUACAAUGAUAUGAUAAAGAAAGAUGUGGCCCCUGAUGAGAUGUUUCUCAGUGCAUUGAUAGACGUUGCCGGGCAUGCUGGAAAUGUUGAUGCUGCUUUUGAAGCAGUGAAUAAAGCGAGGAAAGAUGGAAUGCAUCUUGGAAUCAUCUCAUAUAGCUCGCUUAUGGGAGCUUGUAGUAAUGCAAAAAGCUGGGAGAAGGCUCUUGAGGUAUACGAGGACAUGAAGUCUAUUAAAAUGAAACCAACAAUCUCAACCAUGAAUGCUUUGAUCACUGCAUUGUGUGAUGGGGAUCAGCUACCAAAAGCAAUGGACAUUUUGAGAGAUAUGACUACUUUUGGUUUGUGCCCGAAUGCAAUAACAUACUCAAUACUCCUCGUGGCAAGUGAAAAAAAGGAUGAUGUGGAAGCUGGCAUUACACUUUUCUCUCAAGCUAAAGAGGAUGGUGUUGCCCCUAAUAUUACCAUGUGCAAUUGUUUGAUUGGAAUGUGCUUGAGAAGAUAUGAAAGGGCAUGUGCACUUGGAGAGCCUGUUUCAUCAGUCAACAUGGGGUGGCCACAGAUUAACAGUAAAUGGACCUCACUGGCCUUGACAGUCUACCGCGAGACUAUUGCUGCUGGCAUCACCCCAACCAAUGAAGUUGUUUCACAAAUUUUAGGAUGCCUGCAUUUUCCAUAUGACAUAUCCUUGAGAGAUAAAAUCAUCGAGAAUCUUGGAGUAUCUGCAGACACAUCGCGAUACUCUAAUCUUUGCUCCUUAGUAGAGGGUUUUGGGGAGUAUGAUCCUCGUGCUUUCUCGUUACUUGAGGAAGCUGCUUCCCUUAAAAUUGUUCCAUGCGUCUCCUUUAAACAAAGUCCACUUGUCAUUGAUGCAAAGGCUAUGCAAAUUCACACUGCUCAGGUAUACAUCUUGACGGUCCUAAGAGGCCUUAAGCAUCGACUUGCUGCUGGUGCAAAGUUACCCAACAUUACCAUUUUACUGCCAGUAGAGAAAACUCAAAUUGCAUCUCCUCACGGGGAGAAAACUAUUAAUGUUGCUGGAAGGAUUAGCCAAGCAGUUGCAGCACUGCUAAGAAGGAUGAGAUUACCAUACCAAGGAAACGAGUCAUACGGGAAGAUCAGAAUAAAUGGGCUUGCACUGAGCAGAUGGUUUCGACCGAAGCUUGCAUCUCCGUUCAGUGGAAAGCAUGGGGAGUUCGGUUCUCCUCUGUCCAGAAUAGGAAAGGGGAUUGCUCAUCAGCAGCGGAACAUUAGAACUGGUAAUCUGUCCUUGGACUAGUAGCUGAGCACAGAGCCUUAAUUGAAACCAGGAAAGAGCAUCAAGAUAGAGCGCGCAUUUUUCCCCAUAGACAGGCUUAUAAAAUCGACUCAGAGACCAAUGUUGUGAGGUUGAGACUUGAGAGCUCCUUUGGUGACAGUUGUGAAGCCCCAUUGGAUUUCUCAUUCUACAACUGCAGAGUGAGAUGACCAGUUUGAUCGAGAGCAUAUUUUUGUCAGUUGCCCAUGGAGUAUUCUCAACAUUGACGCUGGCUCUUUGUCCUGUAAUACUAUGAUGCUUCGAAAAACCAUGGUUGUAAAAUAGGGGCUGUAAUUGCUCCAAAACAUCGUGUUAUAGAGAAAAUAUGGCCGUUCUUUUCGAUUUU